AUACGGAGUAGAGUUUAUCCAUCUACUUAUUUCGUUACAUUUCCGCAACACUAAGCAAGGAAUCAAAAUCCCAGAAACUCCCAACCAUGGCAGACAGCCAAAAUCCUAAACCCCCUCAGAACCUCCCUCCUUCCCCUCUUCCUUCUUCAAGUUCUAGGGUUUCUGGCCAAAUUGGUCAAAACCCAAGUUCCGGUCACAAGGCCCGUUUCCCGAAUCCGCCCGACUCGACAAACCCGGACCCAGCGACCCUGAGGGAGCAAUGGAGGUUCGCAAUCAGGCAGUACAGCAGGUGGUACUCGCAGGCGUGGGGCACCGCCAUACUCGCUGGGCUCUCCUUCUUCGCCCUAGGUUGGAUCAUUAAGGGUUCCAAUCCUCUUCCCUCCUUCAAACCUCCUCCUCCUCCUCCUAUUGAUGAUGAUUCCACCGCCAAUGCGAAUAAAGCUCGCUCAUCAUGACUGCAUUAGCGGGUCAGUGAUGGCAGAUGCCAUGGCAACACUGGAAAGGAAGCUAGAGAGCAAAUGGUCUCUGAACUGCAGCCAUUACUAGCUAAUUGGUUUUUGUUUCAUGCACAAUUAAAUAGUGAUCGUGUUCAAAGUGUACUAGGUAACACUUAUCAAAGAUGUUGCGAGUAGCUGCUGUUUGGCUCUGCUGUACUUCAUGUAAUAUAUACUAUCUCAGUAGGUUGUUUAUCUUGAGUUGUGCUUGGUGAUGUAAAUUUUUUUUUAUGUUUUACUAGUUGGUACUCAGACAAACAUGCUUCCACCGAAGUUCGAACUCCUUCCCUACUCCUUUGAAAAGUAGGGGCCUGGUACCGCUAGGCACUGGCCCCGUUGGUCUUAGUGAUGUAAUUUGGGAGAGUGAUCUUUGUUUUUUGGAUGCUGACUCAAGUGAAAGAUGUAAUAUUACCAGGGUAAUAAAAUUUGAGCAAGCUAAUUAAGCAUAGGGGGAGCAUUUUUUGGUUUUCAA